GAGAGCAUUCUGGGGACCGGAAGGAAGUGGAAUCUCUUGCGUCCAACUGGAGUGCCGGCAAACGCGCGUGGUAGGAGAGUGCGCGGCUGUUAACAGAAGCUCGUUGCGGGAGCGCGUGGCUGGUGCGUGGAGGUCAGAGGUGACCAGAAGCCAGACGUCGGUGUAGAAGCUGAGUCCGCGCGAGCUAUGGUGGGGAGAUCCCGGCGGCGCGGAGCGGCCAAGUGGGCUGCUGCGAGAGGCAAGGCAGAUCACGGCCCGGCCGACGAAAAUGAUUUAGAAUCUCCACCCUCACCGGGGGACUCCAGCUACUACCAGGAUAAGGUAGAUGAUUUCCAUGAGGCCCGAUCUCGGGCCGCCUUGACUAAGGGCUGGAGCGAAGUGGAGAGUGGGGACGAGGAGGAGGAUGGCGAUGAGGAGGAGGAGGUGCUUGCCAUAGAUGUUGCUGAUGAGGACGACGAAGAUGGAGAGAGUACGGGGGAUGAGGAGGAUGACGAUGAAGAUGGUGGGAGCUCUGUGCAGAGUGAGGCAGAGGCCUCGGUGGAUCCUAGUUUGUCGUGGGGUCAUAGGAAAAAACUUUACUAUGACACGGACUAUGGUUCCAAGUCCCGAGGCCGGCAGAGUCAACAAGAAGUAGAGGAAGAGGAAAGAGAGGAGGAAGAGGAGGCACAGCUCAUUCAGCGGCGCCUAGCCCAAGACCUGCAAGAGGACGAUUUUGGAGUCACCUGGGUGGAGGCCUUUGCAAAACCGGUGCCUCAGGUAAAUGAGGCUGAGACACGAGUCGUGAAGGAUUUGGCAAAAGUUUCGGUGAAAGAGAAGCUGAAAAUGCUGCGGAAGGAAUCACCAGAGCUCUUGGAGCUGAUAGAUGACCUUCAAGUUAAGUUGACAGAGAUGAAGGAUGAGCUGGAGCCAUUGCUCCGGUUGGUGGAACAAAGGAUCAUUCCACCCGGAAAAGGAAGCCAGUACCUGAGGACCAAGUACAACCUCUAUUUGAACUACUGCUCCAACAUCAGUUUUUAUUUGAUCCUGAAAGCUAGGAGAGUCCCUGCACAUGGACAUCCUGUCAUAGAAAGGCUUGUUACCUACAGAAAUUUGAUCAACAAGCUGUCAGUUGUGGAUCAGAAGCUCUCCUCCGAGAUUCGUCAUCUACUCACACUUAAAGAUGGUGCAGGAAAGAAAGAACUGAAUCUAAAAGCAAAAUCCACGAAGACCAAGCCAAAAUCUGUUUCAGAGACUUCUGCUGCUGCCUCUGCUGUUACAGACCUUUCUGAUGAUUCUGAUUUUCUUGAAGAAGCUGCAUUGAAAUACUAUAAAGAAGUAGAAGACAGGCAAAAAUUGAAGAGAAAGAAAGAAGAAAAUAGUACUGAAGAACAGGCUCUUGAAGAUCCAAAUGCAAAGAGAGCCAUUACUUACCAGAUUGCUAAAAACAGGGGACUUACACCCAGGAGAAAGAAGAUUGAUCGAAAUCCCAGAGUGAAACACCGGGAGAAGUUCAGAAGAGCCAAAAUUCGCAGAAGAGGCCAGGUUCGUGAAGUUCGUAGAGAAGAGCAACGUUAUAGUGGUGAACUAUCUGGCAUUCGUGCAGGAGUUAAAAAGAGCAUUAAGCUUAAAUAAAAUAUUUGCUUAGCUUAAGGUUUUUUUGGCAAAAUUUUAGAUUAAUAAAUUUUUAUUUUUCACUGAAGUUACUAUUAAUAUUUAAUUCCUAAUCUUAAAUUUUAAAAAUUCUUGUCAAAAGGGGAAUUUGUUUGGGUUAUUCCUCAAUUAAUUUGUCUUUUCAUUUAUAAUCAGGGCAGUAAGAACUUUGGGAGCAAUAUGAAUGUGCUUGGGAAAACAGAUGGUUUUGGGAAAAGUUCUCCAAUAUUCUGUCAAGUAGUAACCUAGGGAAAUUUCACAGCUGGUUGUGGAGCAACCAUCAAACUUGGAAUACUUUUAUAAUUUUUCAUGUAAAGUGAAGAGAAUGCAUCUUUGGCAAUUAUCUUAUUUGUAAGAUAGCUUUUAAAAUAGUUUUGACACAUUAUUUCACUUAAGUAUAAUUCUUGAGCAGUACUUGUUAAUAAUGGGUUGAAUGUUAACUUCAGGAUUUUGUACCCUUAAUUGUGGUAAAAGCUUAGGAAUGAAGAAGAACUUGGUUAAAAAUAGAAAAAGAUACAUCUUAAUUACAUUGUGAAUAUUUUUUGAUAGUCGUUAAAUGUGGUAAAUAAGAUAAUAAUUCCAUUUCCCCUUCUGUACUGGUGACUUGUAGUGUGCUAUUUGUACAUUCCACCUGCUGAAAAUUUGGUGUGAUUACCACUAGGUUAGUGGUAACUUCAAGUGGUAAUGAGUUACAUUUUUCUUUACAAUUACUUUGGUCUUUACAGUAGGGAAAAGAUGAAAGGGUGAACUUAAAAAUACAUAGGAUGAUGCCAGGGAAGAAAUGAGAGGACUAGUGAAGAAAAUCACAAAGGACAUCUUAACUAUGUCACUGUUUAUUCAUUAAACAUCGUGCUAGCUGCUAGAGGUGCAGAGAUGAUCAGUGGUUAAUAUUUAUUAAAACACUUGCCUUAACUUUGUAAAGUGGUACUGUUCUCUCUAUCAGACGAGGAUGCUGAAAUUCCAGGAGGCUAACCUUCUAAAGAACACGUGCUUGGGAUUUGGACCCAAACCGGCCUUCAUUCUUUUAAUCUCUGAUUUACAGCUGCUGCCUCAGAGCAGCACACAUGCCAAAUUAUUUUCUUUUGUUUUCUUAAAAGAGGUAGGCUGGAAAUAAAAGCUUAUAUUGAAUGGAAA